AUGGCUUGUUGUUCUUCGGUUAUUCUCUCGCCGCCGUCCGCGGCGGCAACUGUUAUCGAAAGGAAUGGGAACUUGGGUUCUUCUUCCCUUGCCCUCCACAAAUCAUCUUUCCUUCAAGACCCGAAGCUUAUGUUAGCUGCUUCUUCCCCUAUUUUGAAACGCAAACCCAGUUUUAAUACCCUUAUCAGAUGCUGUUACAACCCUCCUCAGGCCAGGAAUUUGGACCAUAUACCCAAACAGUUCAGAGAAGAAAAUCUCAAAGAUGGAUUAAUGGACAACUACAAAAAUACACCUCAGUAUCUUUAUGGCCUUACUCCCUCACAGAUGGAUAUGUUCAUGACGGAAGAUAAUCCAGUACGCCGACAAGCAGAAAAGGUCACGGAGGAAAGCAUCUCGUCUUCCUGCAAUUAUCUGAAUAAUGGUGGGAUGUAUUCUAUGUCAGGCAUGGGGGAUAGAGGUCCUUCCAAAUAUAGUAUGAGUGUAAGCAUGUAUCGAGGAGGAGGCAGAGGUUUUGGGAGACCGAGAACAGCACCUCCGGAUUUGCCAUCUUUGCUCUUGGAUGCUCGAAUUGUCUACCUGGGAAUGCCGAUAGUCCCUGCUGUUACCGAGCUCCUGGUGGCCCAGUUCAUGUGGUUGGAUUAUGACAAUGCAUCAAAACCUAUUUACCUGUACAUAAACUCAUCUGGAACACAGAAUGAAAAGAUGGAGACUGUUGGGUGUGAAACUGAGGCAUAUGCCAUUGCGGAUACCAUGGCUUACUGCAAGUCAGAUGUUUAUACUGUGAAUUGUGGGAUGGCGUAUGGUCAAGCGGCAAUGCUUCUAGCACUUGGAACAAAGGGCUACCGUGCUGUACAGCCAAAUUGCUCCACGAAACUCUAUCUUCCAAAAGUGAGCAGAUCUAGUGGGGCUGUCAUAGAUAUGUGGAUUAAGGCCAAAGAACUUGAUGCUAACACUGAGUAUUACAUAGAGCUGUUAGCCAAGGGAAUUGGGAAACCUAAAGAGGAAAUUGAGAAGGACAUUCAGCGUCCCAAAUACUUCCGUGCUCAAGAGGCAAUUGAUUAUGGCAUCGCGGAUAAGAUUAUCGACUCAAGAGACAAUGCAUUUGACAAACGAAAUUACGACGAGAUGCUUGCCCAAUCACAAGCAAUGAGAAGAGCAGCUGGAGCUGGACCACAAGCCGCCGCUUCCUCUGGUUUACGGAUUGGAAAGAGAAAAUCAUUUGAAGAGGAAAGUUCGCACUUUGGGAAAUGUGCAAAUAUUUUAGGUCUCAUAAUUUGUCUCUUGAUCUUUGGAGGUUUCAUUAAAGAUUUUGGUACUGCCAGGUUCUUUUACAGGAAAAGGUUGAGAAAGGGUUAUAGGCAUUACACGAUUACCAUUCCAAACAUAGGAUGGACUAUGGAGGUGAUGCGAGAAUUAGAUGAGGGUUAUUCCCUUCUCGAAGCAACUGUUAUUGCGGAUGAAGAGAAGUUCAAGCAGCUUGAGUUAAUGACUGAAAGACACAAGAUACUGAGCUGCCUGAGGAUGACUGUUGAGAUGUUCACGUCUGACAGUUUCAAAGAUGCAAUGAACUCCAUUGAGGAAGAAGACUCCGCUUGUGAUAAAGUAGAUUUUGCCUCUGCCACUGGACUUGAGAUGGUCAAGCUCUUGAUAUUUUGCAGCUCAAGUGUUUAA